CACUGGAUCUUUUCUUGUCUCAUCGCCAUUGUACAUUGUCUGGGACUUUUUCUUGGUUGUUGGAGGCUGUCUGUCGCUUUCUUGCUUUGUGAUUCUACCUUAAUUGAGUUAUACUCCUUCCUUCCUCCGGUACCCUUCGAGCGGCGUCUUCCGCAGCGCCGAGUCCUUCCCCGCACAUGGAUCGCGAACAGUUCAGAACAGCAGCUCAUGCUGCGGUUGAUGAGAUCAUCAACUACUUCGAAGGCCUCCCCUCCCAGCGUGUCCUCCCCACCGUCGAACCCGGUUACCUCCGCCCUCUGAUCCCCGAGAACCCGCCGGAGCAGCCGGAAGAAUGGUCGCAGAUCCAGGCGGACAUCGAGGACAAGAUCAAGCCGGGGCUCACGCACUGGCAGUCGCCCAACUUCAUGGCCUUCUUCCCCGCGGGGGUCACCUACCCCAGCAUCCUGGGGGAGAUGUACUCGGCGGCGUUCACCGCGCCGGCGUUCAACUGGCUUUGCUCGCCGGCCUGCACGGAGCUGGAGACGAUCGUGAUGGACUGGCUGGCCAAGGCCCUGGCGCUGCCGAAGUGCUUUCUCAGUACCUCCGAGAACCGCGGCGGCGGCGUCAUCCAGGUGACCGCCAGCGACACGGUGGCGACGAUGAUGAUCGCGGCGCGCGAGCGGCGCGUGACGGAGCAGGUUGUCGCGGAGGGGCUCAAGCCGGAUAGCGUGGAAUAUGAGGACCGCAUGAUGGAGCUGCGGCCCCGGCUGGUCGCCCUGGCCAGCAACCAGGCGCACAGCAGCACCGCCAAGGGCUCCCUGCUGGCCGGCACCCGCUUCCGCAGCGUUACGGCUCGGCUGGAGGAUAACCUGGAGAUGACGGCGGCGGGACUGCGCGAGGUGCUCGAGCAGUGCGACAAGGACGGGCUGACGCCUUACUUCAUCACUCUUGGGUUCGGAACGACCAACACGUGCGCCGUGGAUCGGUUCGCGGAGAUCAAGGCGGUGCUGCGCGAGAAGCCCCACUGGCAGCGGAUCUGGGUGCAUAUCGAUGCGGCGUAUGCGGGCGCCGCCCUGGUGGCGGACGAGUGGCAGUACAUCGCCAAGGACUUUGCGGAGGGCGUGGAUAGUUUCAACCUGAACAUGCACAAAUGGUUGCUGGUCAACUUCGAUGCAAGCUGCCUGUUCGUUCGCAACCGGUACGACCUCACCAACGCCCUGGACAUCACCCCGGCCUACCUCCGCAACGAGUACUCCGACUCCGGCAAGGUGACCGACUACCGCAACUGGUCCAUGUCCCUGGGCCGGCGCUUCCGGGCGCUGAAGAUCUGGUUCGUGAUGCGCAGCUACGGCCUCACCGGGAUGAAGGACUACAUCCGUAAGACCAUCGGGAUCGGCGAGGUGUUCGCCGACUUGAUCCGCAGCCGUCCGGACAUGUUCGAGCUGAUCACCGAGCCCGCGUUCGCGCUCACCGUGUUCCGCAUCAAGAGCCCCAAGGCCGCGGUGACGGAGGGCGCGUCCGUGCUGCAGCCGGACGAGGCGUCCAACGCGCUGACCAAGGAGGUCUACGAGCUGAUCAACUCCCGCGGCGAGAUCUUCAUCACGUCGACGGUCAUCGCGGGGGUGUAUGUCAUCCGUGUCGUCAGCGCCAACCCGGCCGCGGAGGAGAAGUAUAUCCGCCGGGCGUUUGAGAUCUUGGUGCAGACCACGGAGGAGGUGCUCCAGCGGGAGUAAUUGAAUCAGACCAUGUAUUCUAGUAUAGAUAUCUUAGUGCUUGUUGUAUACUUAGCCAUAAAUCACGAUCGCGG